AGGAUUUCUUGCUAAUCACCUCUCGUUGCCAACUGCCCACAGUCCGUGCCAGUACCAUUUCAGUGCCAAUUCGCUCGUCAUUAGAAAGCCAGCCACGUCCAAAAACCUAUAACCAACCCAGCUCGUCGCACCCUCCAAUCCUUCUUGCCUUCUCUACUCAGCCCAGAACUUCACCUCAUCUCGAUCUCAUCGUCUCUAUUCACCAACCGACAACACUACUCUUCAAACCUUCAAACCCCAUCAUCACCCCACACACUCAUCAACAUGCCUUUCACAGCAUCUGACAUUUGCAAGAUCAUCCUUGCCAUCAUCCUUCCUCCUCUCGGAGUGUUCCUCGAGCGAGGCUGCAAUGCUGAUUUCUUCAUCAACAUUCUUCUCACCAUUCUCGGUUACAUUCCUGGUAUCAUCCAUGCGCUCUACAUCAUUCUGAAGUAUUAAGCCACUUCUCUACGGAUGAGGCACACUUCUACCGCCCGCGACAUGAAUUCAUUUCUGACGAGGAUCGACCACCCCUCGCCUACCAUUGAUAUCCCACGUGUUUCGAUUCUUGGGGGCUUUGCAACCAGCAAAAGCGUGUAGGCGCCGUCAUCUACUCGAGAGUCGACGGGCAGCUGAUGCGAGACCGGCCGGAGCAAGCCCUAACGCAGGGUAUGGGCAGUUGAGCAUACAAUUAUUGUCUUUGCAGGGAGGAUGGGGUUUCGUUCCCAUUCCAACUUGGGAGCAAUACGGCGCAGCUGGUCAUGUAGCUUGGACGCAAACACCUUAGUAUAACAUAAUGUGAUACCGUUUUCCCGUCG